UAUGAGUUUUAAUUUGAGGAAUUAGAACCGUCGUCGGCUUUAAUUUGUGGCGGAAGUAGACGGUGGAAACAUCGGACCACUUAGGCUAACCACCACAGGGACAGGGGAUAAUCCAUCCAGCCGGAUCGGAGUAGGAGAAAACAACAACAUCGCAUAUCCCAUUGUUCUUCGCCUCUGGUCUCCGUUCUCCUCUGCCCUCCUCUUCAAAUUGAAUCGACAAAAUAGGUUAUUGAAUCGCAAUCUCCAUCUUCUCCGUUUUUUCCCGCCCUGUUGAAUCGCUCCUUUUCCGAUCUUAUCAAUCCUAUCCUAUUCUGGCUACUCAGACCGUCACGAGUAUCGGCAGCAAUCACCGCCGAUUCCCGACAAUCAGGUUCCGCUGGACGCUCUCCUCUCUCGAUAGUCCGACACAGGUCAGGUAAUUUUUUAUUUUACUUUUUCGAAAAGCCACCUAAUUUUUUUGCUCAAGGUUUCUUCUGCUCUGCUAAAUCAGAAGAAAGCUUUCUUCUGCUAAAUCAGUACAUUCUAAAGGUUUCUUCUGCUAAAUCAGUCUCUAUUAUUCAAUAGUCUUUAAAAGUACAUUGUUUGUACUUAUCUCCAUGCUGCUAUGCAAAUAGUAGCACUAGAAUAUGAACUUUUAGUUGGUGCGUGGCUAUCCAAAAGUCUCCAGCUUCUACAUAUUUGUUUGAACUGCUCCUUCAAUUUAUCAAUCAAAUAUACAUACAGGUUUUGCAUAUACAGAAUUAUCAAUGGAAUAAACUGCUCCUGCUCUUGCUCCUGCUUGUAUAUAUUUACAUCCACUGAGCACUCUGGCCAUUGUAUUUUUAUUUCAAUUUUAUUGCAUUCCUGAUGAAGUUUUUUCAGCUUAAUACAAUUGUUGCAUCCCUAAUUCUCCAUGAUGAUUUGUGAUGAACUGUACUUUUUGGGUAUAAUUGCAUUUUGUAGUCUUUCUUGAUGAAGGUCUUUUUAGUUUAAUACAAUUGCUGCAUCCCUAAUUCCGGUGAUGAUUUGUGAUGAACUGUAUGUUUUGGCUGUAAUUACAUUUUGUAGUGUUUUACUUGUAAAACAUUUAAAAAUUCAAUUCUAAAAGGUAAAAAAAUGUACAGUUCGGUCUUUUCGGUCCAUACCGGUCCGGUCCAAGUGUUUUCGGUUGGUCCGGUCUAAAACCGAACAUUUAUAGGUCCGGUAUUUGGUCCUAAUUUUUUCCCAUUUUGGUCUUUGGUCCGAUUCGGUCUGGUCCUGGACCGAUGAACACCACUAUCUCCGACACCGGGAAAUGGAGAAGCACCGCCCUUCUUGUUAUAGACAUGCAGAAUGAUUUCAUACUACCAGGUGGCCCUUUGUGUGUCAGAGGCGGCGAAGCCAUCGUCCCCGGCGUUAUUAAGGCCGUUGAGGUUGCAAGAAGCCGUGGCAUGCCUAUCAUUUGGGUUGUGCGUGAGCAUGAUCCAUCUGGAAGAGAUGUGGAGUUGUUUCGAAGAGACUUGUACUCCCCUGGGAAGCCAAAACCAACUACCAAGGGGAGUGUGGGUGCUGAACUCGCGGAAGGGCUUGUUGUCAAGGAAGGGGAUUACAAGUUGGUAAAGACGCGUUUUAGCGCAUUCUUUAACACAAACCUCCAUUCAUAUCUUCAAACCAAUGCGAUUACCAGCUUAACCAUCACCGGUGUCCAAACACCGAAUUGUAUAAGGCAGACAGUCUUUGAUGCAGUGGCGUGGAAUUAUCAACCUGUAACUGUUAUUGUUGAUGCAACGGCUGCUGCAACAUGUGAAGUACAUGCUUCAAACAUAUAUGACAUGAAAAAUAUUUGGGUGGCGACGCCCACGCUGGAAGAAUGGUGUGAAGGAUCCAUGUGCUAACUUGGCAUUGCAACUUCGUGCAUGUCUUUGUAUCUCAUGCUAUAUAUUUACAACUUGUUAGAUAGUGUCAUUGUAUCCACCUUAUGGUGUAAGUCAACCUUUAGAUGAAGACAAAGUAGGAUGUCGUUUGUCCAGGGGUACGUUGGCGAGGAAUCUCUCUUGAGGUCUUGGGGUUCUUUUUCCCCUCCAUUGUGAUCCCAAAAAAAAAAAACCACUUGUUAGAUUCACUUGUUUUCCUUUGUUGGUAAAACACAAUUUCUCUUAAAAAGUUCCCUUCUGUGUGGGAACUGUUGUAAGUUGUAAUGCAUACAUCAAAGCAGAAAUUAAACUGCAUAUUUCUAU